UGUGCUGCAUAUAUACUUCCGACAACCUCAGUUCGAUCCAAUGGUUGCAUCAGACUUCAUCGUUGGCAUCAUAGGCAACAUUGUGUCUAUCAUAAGUUUUGCCUCUUCAAUAGGGACAUUCCGGGAAAUAGUGAAGAAGAAAUCGUCGGAAAACUACAAAGGCGUGCCAUAUGUAACAACGCUUUUGAGCACGAGUCUUUGGACAUUCUACGGAGCUCUCGACCCUGAUGAUGGUGUCCUCAUAGUGACAGUCAAUGUGGUUGGUGUUGUCUCACAGGCUGCCUACCUUGUUCUUUUUCUCUUCUAUGCUUCCAAGGAGAGAAAGACCAAGUAUUUGGGGCUUGUACUCUUGGACUUGCUCUUCCUCGGAAUAGUGAUCGCUACAACCCUCACUGCAUUCCACGGAAGUGCUCGGCGUACUUUCAUAGGAGUACUGUGUGCAACAUUCACUAUAGCAAUGUAUGCUGCACCCCUAUCGGCUGUGAGAGCGGUGAUACGAACGAAGAGCGUUAAGUACAUGCCGUUCCUCCUCUCUUUCUCCUUGCUUGUCAAUGCUGCCGUUUGGUUUACGUUCGCGAUGCUUCUCAAAGACUACUAUGUCCUAGUGCCAAAUGCAGUUGGAAUUGUGUUAGGUUCACUGCAGCUAAUUGUCUACAUUGUAUAUAAGAACAAGUCGUCUUCCUCAGCGUUCAAAGAUACAUUGGCCGACGGGGAAAAACUUGCAAACAAGGCCAAGUGUGCCACAGAAACACAGGAUGUUGAACAGGGCAAUGAUAUAAGCUGGAGAACUGGAAAGGGACUGGAAGGUUGAUAUUGAGAACUGACAGUGUAGAUUGAACUCACGACAGUGCAUACAUAAAUUGCUUGGUUUGUAGGAGGAUGAAAGACCACGACAAUUUGUACCUCAACAGUUUCAUGAAAAGAAAUUUAAGUGUACGAGGUUUUGCAAUUCUCAAAUAAACUACCUAGUAUACUGAAAUUAAGCACUGAUAUUCUCCAUUAGUAAUAAAAGUGAAUUUGAGAUCAUUUGACUGGGUGUUGCGUAAUAUAUGAUCAUUUG